AUGAAAGAUGCAGAUGCGGCAAAGUCUAUACAAUUGGUAAUAUUUUUGAAUACCAAAUUGAAGAGGAAUCUAAUCGUAAUAGUCCAGGUAAAAGAGGGUCGAUUCCCCAGGACGCACCUCCAGUCCAAAAGUAUAAGCCAGCAAGACUUCACUGUACAGGGGCCCAAUGGAUUGACUGUCAAUUAUCCAGCCGUGGAAAACAUUGAAGGACUGCUUGGAAGCAAUUCAAGCCUCACCUACUGCUUCCAAGAAAAACAAACCUCUCCCGCAAACUCCGACGAUGCUGCUUUCGCCGACCCCGACGCGAAUCCAAAGAACCAUCUACCAACUAUUCAGAUUAGUCCCUUUGUUGGUAAUGAAGGAAACCCUCGAUAUCCAGUGAAGAUGCGCCUUCCAGGACAAAUACUAGGGCUAUUACCGAUGCCCGAGACAGGAUCUGAUUCCCAGUCAACUGAAGAUGGUUCCGCAGUCUCUCGAAAUAUUUGGCAGUUUUCGGGGAGGACGGGUAUCCACGAACUUCAAUACCGACGCUACCAUACGCUGAUGAAAAUCGCUUCGAAUCCAACCAGUGUGCAUUUUCCGAUGCAUCAUAUGACGCUCUCCCAUUGGUGGUCUGGCAUGCAUAUAUGUGCAUAUCUGGCGAGUUCCCCAGCUAUAUCCAACGUUCUCGAAAGAGUCUCCUGCUGGGAUAAGCCGAUCCAGAAACGGCCUGGAAGCUUCAUUGUCUCAUCGGUCGUCAUCGACUCCGCGGCACGGAGAUAUCCCCAGGUCCUUCCAAGAAAUAGAAAUUACUACCCCACAUUACUAAGCUGUGACUUGUACGCAUGA